UCCGUCAGUGUCAUUCCGCGACUGCGAUUCGCUGCUCGCGUCAGUGUCAAACGAAAGACAGUCCGCGAUGGGCAUGCGACGCACGGUUAAAUUUAUUAAACAAAAAAUGAAAUUGCCGGUCCGCAAGUGCUAUCAUGCGGCGAAAGCAGGUUUCUUUGUGAUAUUAGUCGUGACAAUUUUAACUUUAUUCGAGCACUGGCGGGGCGGCAAGCGUGCGGCGCGCGCUAUGACUUCCGGCUUAGAUUCGGAGGCAGCUUACGAGAAGGCGAUACUGGAAGACGAGGCCAGGAUCAUCCCGGGGCUGGGAGAAGGCGGCGUGGCGGCGCACCUCACGGGCGAGGCGCAGCGCCUGGGCGAGGAGUCUGAGAAGCAGCUCGCCAUCAACGUGUACCUGAGCGACAGGAUCGCGUACAACAGAACUCUGCAAGACCACCGUCAUCCGGCGUGCAAGCGCGUAGUGUACGACGCCGAGCUACCUUCCGCCUCCGUCAUCCUCAUCUUUCACAACGAGCCGUACUCUGUGGUGCUGCGCACCGUGUGGAGCGUCGUGAACAGCGCGCGCCGCGACAACCCGUGGUUCCGCCGCGCCAACUACGUCGAGCGGGGCACCGGCCGCACCAUGACGCUGGGUUACCCGGGUCAAGACCCGAACUCACCGUUCGUGUACCUCAAGGAGAUCAUCCUGGUGGACGACAACUCCACGCUGCCCGAGCUGAAGGGCAAGCUCAGCCACUACGUGAAGACCAGGCUGCCGCCCGACCUCAUCCGGAUAAUAAGGUUGCCCGACCGCGUGGGCCUCACCCGCGCCCGCCUAGCUGGCGCGCGCUUUGCGGCGGGCGACGUCCUGGCCUUCCUCGACUCCCACUGCGAGGCCCAGCAGGACUGGCUGAGGCCUCUGCUGCAGCGGACCAAGGACUCGCCCCACGCGGUCGUCAUCCCGAUCAUUGACGUCAUUGAGGCUUCCAACUUCUACUAUAGCGUACAAGACCCCGCCACUUUCCAGGUCGGCGGGUUCACGUUCAUGGGGCACUUCACGUGGAUCGACGUGCCCGAGCGAGAGAAGAAGCGGCGCGGCUCCGACAUAGCGCCCACCUGGUCGCCCACGAUGGCCGGCGGGCUGUUCGCCAUCAACCGCGCCUACUACUGGGAGAUCGGCGCCUACGACGAGCAGAUGGCGGGCUGGGGCGGCGAGAACCUCGAGAUGUCCUUCCGCGUGUGGCAGUGCGGCGGCACGCUGGAGACGGUGCCGUGCUCGCGCGUGGGCCACGUGUUCCGCAGCUUCCACCCGUACGGGCUGCCCGCGCACUCCGACACGCACGGGAUCAACACGGCGCGCAUGGCGGACGUGUGGAUGGACGAGUACGCCGAGCUGUUCUACCUGCACCGCCCCGACCUGCGGGAGAGCCCCAAGGUGGGCGACGUGACGCACCGGCGCGUGCUGCGCGAGAAGCUGCAGUGCAAGAGCUUCCAGUGGUACCUCGACAACGUGUACCCGGAGAAGUUCGUGCCCGUGCGCGACGUGUUCGGCUACGGACGGUUUGUUAAUAACGCCUCGGGUCUGUGCCUCGACACGUUGCAGCGCGACGCGGAGGCGUCACCGCUGGGCGUGUACGGCUGCCACAAGCGCCUCGAGGCGACGCAGUACCUGGCGCUGUCGCUGCGCGGCGAGCUGCGGGACGAGGAGAAGUGCGCCGAGGUGCAGUACACGAGGACAAAGGCUGGGGACGUGGACGGUGACGAGAGCAGACGCGUGCUGAUGGUCACUUGCCACGGGAAGCUACACGAACAGAAUUGGCGCUACCUGCCGUCCGGGCAGCUGCAGCACGUGGAGAGCGGCCUGUGCCUCCGCACGACGGGCGUGUCGGGCAGCGACGCGACGGUCGCGCGCUGUCGCAGCUCGCCGCUGCAGCUGUGGACCAUCGACUACAGCGAGCGGAACGACUUCGGCAUGAACGGUGGCGCGGCGCCCUCCGAGCAGGACGUGCGGCUGCGGCGCCUGCGCGGGCAGCGGCGGGUGUCGCGCUCGCUGCUGUCUGUGGACGAGGAGGAGGGCGGGGAGGACGCGCGGCGGAGGGAGAGGCACAAGCACAAGAACAAGAAAGGCAAGAAAAGCCAGAAGAGCAAGAAACACACUAAGAAGAACAAGUUCGUGCUCAAGUUGCUGCGCGCGCGCGACAACGCCUCCGACGAGCAUCUCGAGGCGGACCUGUACUGCCGGCACCGGCGCCUGUUCCCCAACAACAGCUUCGUGCGCGACCUGGUGGCCGCGCUCAACGACCACCACAUCAAGGUGAUCAACAACGGGCGCGUGUUCGAGAACAACCGCGUGUCGGCGCUGGUGAAGCCGCUGCUGGCGCUGCCGCCCGCCGGCACCAGCGCGCCGCCACACGGCAUGGAGCCCAAACGACAAAAGAAACGCAAAUACAAAAAGCCGCUGGAACCCCUCAGCGAGCUCGUCGCGCCGGUCGCACUCUACGAAGAAGACGCGCCAGUCGCGCACGACUACGACGCGACUGUCGCGACGCCCGGAAAGAUAAUCGUGGAAGAUUUCGUGGAAGUGACUCCGGCUGCCGUUAUCACGCCGCCGCAGCGGCCGAAAAAGCGCAAGCGCGUGCGGUCGCGCCGCCCCGCGCCCCCCGCGCCGCCCGCGCCGCAGCACUACCGGCACACGAGCGCGCGCGGCGGACGCGGCGGCCGCGCGGACGACAGCGCGGAGGACGCGCCGCUGCUGGACGCGCCGCCCGACGCCGCGGCCCGCCAGCCCGCCGAGCGGCGCGCGGACGGUGCGGAGGGCGCGGAGGGGGAGGGGGAGCGCGCGCCGGUCAAGGUGCUGAUGAGGAGCAACCUCACCUUCAACCUCGGCGACGAGUUCUUCCGCUGGCACCGCGCCGCCGCCGACGACGUCGCCAAUCUGCUGGGCGAGCUGGUGAUCCCGGAGAGCAUGUCCGCGCACGCGCAAGCCGACACCCACACUGACGCACGCACGCACGCGCGCGACGGGUACAACGACAUCUCCAGCGAGAGAGAGCUGCACAGGGAGCGGGACGAGAAGGACAAGGACGAGUUGCUGACGGGGCGCGGCCGGAGCAGACUCGUCUCCGCGGACUCGUCCGCCUCCGACAGCGGGGACGAGUGACGACACGCCGCGAUACCAAAGCUAAAGCAUAAUUAUUGUAGUUGAUCUAUUCCGAGAAGGCCGUUCGGCUUUGUAUGUAGUGGUAAGACGACAGACCUGGCGCGUGUGUGUACUGAAGGUUCGUGUGUGGGAACGGUUAAAAUAAAUAUCAGGUACUUGAAGUUACCACCAUAUCUUGAUUUUUAGAACGAAACACAUAUUUUUUUUAAAUCGUUGUUUUCAAGUUAGAAACCUCAAGUAAAAGUACUUCCAUAUAUCCAGCGCCUCCCAUAAAACUGGACACAUAUUACUGUAUAUAGAUUUUAAGUAAAUGUCGUUUCGAAAAAAUAAAGUUCCGUCAGUUACCGACGCGCUGUGUACUGUCACACGUCUGUAUGUACACACACCACUACAUGCAAUGUGUAUCGGACUUCCCAAAGUAAACUGACUAUACCACUGUACAGCGAUGCUGUGGAGUGGGGAGACGUCAGUGUGCUCUGAUGAUCAUGAUGAUGAUGAUGAUGGUAGCGAAUAAGCUGUGACGUAGUGAUGUUCGUCACCGACAGUUGUGUUCAUGUCACAGAGAAACAUUCAGUUUCGCUGUAUGUGUAUGAGAUAUCUCUGGACUGACUUAUUGAUAAUGUACUUAGUGAAUUGACAUUCAAACAUUUGUAGUUUGAAUUAAUUAUGUUAUACUCGGUCCAAGCAUUUAUUUUACUUUAUCAAAGUUCAUUCAAUGAAAGGCCAUGACCAUAAAAAAAAAUAUUAUUUAGGUACUAUUUUAACAAAAUUAAAUGGCUUGGCGACAUUUAUUGAACUUACUAUUGACUAUUUAUAUACUAGGAUUGUAUUGUUAAGUGAAAAAUUUAAUGAUUUUAAUUUUAUUUACUUAUUUUAAAAAGGUUAGACAAGACUAGCUCAAUCUGCCAAUAGUGUAGUAAAUGCAUGGAGCGAGUGCAGUAGUGAAGUUAGCGCUUCGUCCGCAACGGUGCCGUCCUGUGGCGCUCCGCCCUCACCACAUGUACUCUAUAAUAGGGUAGUUGACUUAUGUCAAAUUUAAUAUAAACAUUAAUAAUUUCGUGUAGUACCUGGAAUAAGGACUCGAAAUAUAUCGAUAUCAAUUAAUAAAAGUUUAAGAUUUCUCUUAAAUCUUUAAAUAUUUAUUUUAAUUUUCCAAACGUCAAAAACGGUGUCGUCCAUUUUGUGACGUCACUAUCACACUUGAUGUGUGUGUGUAACACAAUUUGUUAUAAUGACGUCAUGAAACAGACUGUCAUGGCCGUUUUGGCUUGUAUUGACAAAUACAUAUUUAAAAAUUAAAAUUUUCAUGUCUCAGAAAUUUAUAUUUUUUUUAAACUAGUAGAAUUCUUUAUCGUUGCUCCGCUGCUAUUGGUCAUAGUGUGAUGUUGAGUGAUGACAAUCUUUAGCUUUAUAAUAUCCAAUGUAUAGAUGUGGAGUUGGCAGGGUGAGAGUGGGCGAUGAAGUAUUACCAUGACGUAUAGGUGCUCAAUUUAUGUAUAAGAUAUCCUAAAUAAAGUUUUUCUUUCUUUUUUUAUAAGAUAUAGAGUAAUAUUAGACUUGGACUGUUCAGUACUUACUGGCCCUCGACAAAAAUCACAAAACAGCCCCUGUAGCCAUGAUCAAGAUCUGUCAUUCCCAUACAUUGUUCUAGUUUUCGAAGCGUUUGCGAUCGUAGAAAGAGAAUCGACGUGCCACUUGGCUACAGGAACUGACCACUGAAGAAACUUUAAAUAAUAAUAUCAGUUGCUGCCCAAAAGAUAAAUAAUUGUGACCAAAGAAUGAACUAUUUUAACCGUUCUGUUGUAGAAUGUAUCUGAAUGUUUAUUGUCAUGAACUGAACUCAGAACGUUAAAACUGUUUCCUAUUUGCAUAACAUAUGAUACAUAUCAGUAUUUAUUGAUUUUGUGGACACUAUCAACACAUAUCCAUGACAUAUUAUUAGUAUUCAUAACAUAAAGUAUAUUUUAUUAAAAUUAUUAAUAAGGCAUACAAGUCUGAAUAAGUAGGUUGGACCUUCAAUGUAUAUUGUACUUUUUACAUUGAACAUUUUUACAUUGAAGGUUGUAUAUGUAACUUUUAUUUCGAAAUGCUUCAUUACCGUGUAAAGGGAUAUAUUCAUAUGUCCACGGUGCUAGCCCGUCGUUUGCAUGGGGAUUGUACAGUUAACGUCUCUGAAGGCGGAAUUAUAUUUGUCUAUCAUACAUUUCAUAUGGCAACUUUGUUGUGACGUGUUCUGAUGACGACAUACAAAAUGUAUGUCGUCAGACCAAUAUAAAUCCGCAGUGACACUCGGCCAAACGUAUACGUCCAUGUAAACAGACAAAGAGUCGCAUGUGUGUGUGUGUGACUCACGGUGAUGCGGAAUGUUUGUUAUACUUAUUAUGUAUUUUAGAUUAAAAAAAAAUUAAAAUGUAAUAUAACACUGCAAAAUCCGUGUAUUUUUAUAUCAAUUUCACAUAUCAGAUGAGUUACAAUAAAGUUACUUAAGACUGAA